CCAGUGUGGCAAGCUGUCUCUCCGAUUGCAUUUGCUUUCACGGAUCUGUCUAGUGCUAAAAGGAAAAGGGGAAGGGGAGAAAAAGGAAGAAAAAAAAAAAAAGAAAAAAAAAAAAGAAAAAGGAAGGGGGAAAAAAAAAAGGGGGAAAAUAAGCUGCACUGAAUGUGAGAUCAUGCAAAAGCUAGCAGUCUAUGUUUAUAUUUACCUGUUCAUGCUGAUUUCAGUUGAUCCAGUGGCUCUGGGUGACAGCAGUCAGCCCACAGAGAACGCUGAGAAGGAUGGACUGUGCAACGCUUGUACCUGGAGACAGAACACAAAGUCUUCCCGAAUAGAAGCCAUCAAAAUUCAGAUCCUCAGCAAACUGCGGCUGGAACACGCUCCCAACAUCAGCAGGGAUGUUAUCAGACAACUUUUACCCAAAGCCCCUCCGUUGCAGGAACUGAUUGAUCAGUAUGACGUCCAGAGAGACGACAGCAGCGAUGGCUCUUUGGAAGAUGAUGACUAUCACGCCACCACCGAAACGAUUAUCACGAUGCCUACCGAGUCUGAUUUUCUUGUACAAAUGGAGGGAAAACCAAAAUGUUGCUUCUUUAAAUUUAGCUCUAAAAUACAAUAUAACAAAGUAGUAAAGGCACAAUUGUGGAUAUACUUGAGGCAAGUCCAAAAACCUACAACGGUGUUUGUGCAGAUCCUGAGACUUAUUAAGCCCAUGAAAGACGGUACAAGAUACACUGGAAUUCGAUCUCUGAAACUUGACAUGAACCCAGGCACUGGUAUUUGGCAGAGUAUUGAUGUGAAGACAGUGUUGCAAAAUUGGCUCAAACAGCCUGAAUCCAAUUUGGGCAUCGAAAUCAAAGCUUUUGAUGAGAACGGACGAGAUCUUGCUGUAACCUUCCCAGGACCUGGUGAGGAUGGAUUGAACCCAUUUUUAGAGGUCAGAGUCACAGACACCCCAAAAAGGUCCCGCAGAGAUUUCGGCCUCGACUGCGACGAGCACUCGACGGAGUCGCGCUGCUGCCGCUACCCCCUGACAGUGGAUUUUGAGGCUUUUGGCUGGGACUGGAUUAUCGCCCCGAAAAGAUACAAAGCCAACUACUGCUCUGGAGAGUGUGAAUUUGUCUUUUUACAAAAAUACCCCCACACUCACCUGGUGCACCAAGCCAACCCCAGAGGCUCUGCGGGCCCUUGCUGCACGCCCACCAAGAUGUCCCCCAUAAACAUGCUGUACUUCAACGGGAAGGAACAAAUAAUCUAUGGGAAGAUCCCAGCCAUGGUGGUAGAUCGCUGUGGGUGCUCCUGAGGUGGUUGGGAGAGCCACAUCUUCAUGAGGUUGUGGGAGCUACCAAAAGAAGAAAAAUAAAUAAAAAUUAAAAAAAAAAAUAGAGAAAAAAAAAUAAAGCUAUACCCCCUCAGCAAGUCUUUGAAACUGUGAAGUUACGUACGCUCUGCAUUGCCAACAUCCUACGUGCUGCACCAGAGGUUAUGGGAGAGGUUGGGUGCAGCAGAACCAGAAAUGUGAACUAAAAAGGACGAGACAGUUACCUUUGAGCCAGCCAAGAAGAAAAGCUACAAUCAAAACCAGGAUUUUACAUUGUGAGGGAAUCAACGCUCAGUCGUUCAGCCACGAGUUUAUACGCAGGUUUUGCUACAGGUUGGUAAGCAAAAGCAAGCUCCUUCUCACCUGAAGGAGCAGGCUUUUAAGUCCAUUUCUUCACAGCUUCACUUAAUGUUGUAUUUACAGGAAAAUAUAUACUGGUUAGCAUAUACACCACUCCACAAUACCACCAGAAUCAUCCUUAAACACUUGAACACGUAGUGCAGAAUCACGAAAUGUAUCAGGUGAAAUUCCACAUCCAGGGACAAAUCCUGAAAGGAGGGAUGGCAUAGUGUGUUUUAGUGUGUUUCCAUUCCUUUUCCUCAUUAGUGUGUUAGUAAACGAUGGCAAUGGUGCUACGUAAGCAGGCUGAGUAAAUAGAUAGUUAAAUAAGUGAAAGAAUUUAGACUAACAAGGAAUUUGCCCUAUCCUCAGGUACACUACUCAACAUUCGCAAGAAAUAGGUAUUUUUUAAGUGAAAGAGAAUAGUUUUCUAGAUGUAGUGAAUCUAAAAGGCAGCAGAGAAGCCUGACAUCCAAACCCCAACCCCACAAGGUAACCUGCCUUUGCAACAGUACCGUUUGCACUAUGAGAAACCAAUGCAAAUAGUUGGUUGCUACAGAUACUGUUUAAAGAAAGAAAGAAAGAAAAAAACCAACCAAACCACUUUGAUAUAACUGACUUGUGUAAUAUGUAUGCCUCAAUAUUUUGUAAAUAAAUGUUUAUUUUUUAAUCAC